CUCGAAAUGCAGAUCAUUGAGGCCGGGGAGACCAGGCUGCAGAAGAUUGAGACUUUUGGCUGGUCCAGAAUUCACAGUUACGAGAGGGGAAGGUUCAACGACGGCGGGUUUGAUUAUUUCAAUCUUGAGGACUUUAGAGGAAGCCCAUCCUCCGAGGCGUCAUGGGACUUUCCACCAAAGCAGAUGGUCCCACAGUAUAAGACGAAACCUCCCAAUAAUAUUUCCGGCUCAUCAAAUUAUGACCAACAUUCCAGCAACGAAGACGGAUUACUGUCAAAGUCACCUGGAGGUGGUGAGAUCAGCUACGCUCAUACACCCUCGUCGAAGACUCCGGGCCCAAAGCGUCUUACAACGCCACCGCCAACAACACCUUUUGAAUACACGCAAGAUCCAGGUGUGACUACUUCAGCCACACCUGUAAAUGUGCCUACAGUGCCCGGGGAAUUCAUCAAGUGCCUAGAACACCUGUAUGGGCCUUUAAACUUAC